GAAUAAUAUAAUGACAGUAAUUGACAUGUAAAUUCUUGUUUAUUUAUUUAAAGUAAUGUGUUUAUGAAUCAUGGCCGGUGUUGUACCAAAGAAGUCAACAUCUGGGCGAAAACAGUGGACAUUACACGCUGGCUCCAAGAGCUCCCUUAAACGAUUGAGAAGUCAAUUAGCUUCGGAUGGAUGUCCGGAAUCUCAAGUAGUUCUUGCAAAACAAUUAUUGGAUGAACCUUGCGAAUUUGAAUCGGAGAAAAAAGAAAACGCUAGAUUAGGUGUGUACUGGUUAAUAAAAGCAUCUGAACAGGGAAAUACUGAGGCAACCAACUUGUUAAAAACAUGCUUAGAGACUGGAAAGGGAAUUACAGAACACAAUUAUAUGGAUGUGAAAUCGUGCAUCUCUAUGACCCAGGAUGAGAAACUGGCGAGAAAGGCAGCUAGAGAAAUGUUUGCCAGUUUGUCUAAUGGAGGGGACUAUAUCACCUCCGAUCAACUGCAAAGAAAAAUCCUGUCUAUAGACAAAGGAGAGACCUGUUCUAAAUCGACGGAAACAAGCGACAUUGACCACCUGAAUACCCCAAACGGUGAUGUAAUGAAUGACUUUGAUGAUAUGAGUGAUUCAAGUGAAGACAUCGAUUGGUCACAAAAGUCCGACUUGAAUAACGAGAAGCUAACUGAGGACCAUUUAGUGUCUGCUGCCGUCGACUACUCUCAUGGACACCUCCCGAUCGUUAACAGGAUGUUGUGCUUGUCCGACCCGAAUUUAAGAGCUUUAGAUCAUAUCCCGUUUGUACAUAGGUCUAUACUGCAUCCACUGUUAGCUUUAAAAAUACUAUACAUUAGGUUGAUUAAGUUCUUGGGGCAUAAAACCUUGUCGCUUUUCUUUCCUUUGUCCAUGUCGGAACUGCAGCUGCUGAUAUUAAUGUUCGUGUACGUUUUUGUAAAUUCGGAUAACGUUUUAUAUUUCCUUCCGAUGGGUCUGUACUACGCUUCCUUCGUCGUUAUGUUUUGCACCACUUUUCAGAUGCUGCAAAAUCAGAGAGCUUUUAUAGACUUCCGAUUGUGGUCCGGGUUGUUUAUUUGUUAUUCCGGCGGGUGUUUGAAUGCCGAGGAAAUGGAGCAUCAGUAUAUACGUAAUAACUUACGGCCCUAUGGACAUUUCUUUUUAGCUUUACUGAUAAAUUUGGUCGUCUACCCAGUCAUUUCCGAGCAGUGGAUCCCUCAGUCCGAACUAACUAUAGUGGCGUUUCUAUUAACUUUUAUGACUCUGCUAGGAUUCAUGCCUAAAAGUCGAUCGAAAACAGUAUUCGACACCUUAGUAUUAUUCAGUUUUGCUGUGAACGUUCUCGCGAAAUAUCCCUACGAAACAGACCCUGUCGUAGCACAAGGCUGGAGAUUUUUAGAGCUGAAAGUUCCCACGUUUCCCAGUUACGUAAUCGGUAACGGCAUAGAGUUUUGCAUCACAUUCAAAUUCAUCCUCUACGCUUGUAUUCCUUUGCUCUUUUUAAGAAUAGCUUCGAGACAAAACUGGAAGGGCACUUACCAGACGUUGAUACCGCACUGUGUGACGCUGAGCUGGCUACAGAUUUGUAUUAUAAGCUCCCAGGGCGCGACGAUGUUUGGGUUUUUACGGGGGACCUUAGCCUUGGUCGGAUUCGUCCUUUUCCUGCCUUUGGUAGGGCUUACGAGCGUUAUCUUGCCGGUCGUAGCGCUUACAAAGUGGAUCGUCACCUCGAAUUUUAUAUAUACCAUAUGCAUUUUCGUCAUACUGAGUGUGAUUGGAAUAGGUAUUUGUUACGUGUGUGCGUUGACGCGUUACAGAAAAUACACUGCCGUUAUACAGAUUGUUCUUAUGCUGUUUGCGUUUAUCGUGCUUAUAAACUCGACGAGCCGCGAACACGAUACUGAAUACUACGUGAAAAAUAAAGCCCCUCAGAUAAUGACUUGGGAGGUGUUUCAAAAGUUUUGUCACCAGCCGAUUUGGCAGGAAGAAAACGUAGCUUUGUCGCAAAUGAAAUGUGCCGAGUUGGAAGGUAGUUACAUCCACUGGAACGGUUAUAUAAACGAAAUUAAAGUAAAAUCCAUCUCUAAUAUGUACAAGAAUAUAUUCGACAAGUUUCCAAAGAACUUCAGGGACUAUUUGUACUGUGUUUACGGUGAUGGAAUCGAAUCGGAAUGCAAAAACGUGCCAGAUAUUGUCAAAGAAGACUGCAUUUCUUUUUACGAUACCAUUAAAUCGGUUAACAGGUGUACGUUACACAAGUACAAUGCGUACACCUUCGAGAUCAGUUUAAAAAUGCAGUCUGGUAUAUGGGGUAAAGCCACGGAAGUAAAUCUGGUAACUUCCGAUUACUUCAGACCGUUUAUUCUUAAAUUGAAACCCACCGAUCACAUUUGGUUUAAGGGUGUACUUUUCAACAACGAAGUUGAGGGUUCCGAUGGGAUUCUAGGCGGUCUCAAACCGCACGUUAAUUUAGAAGAAUUAGGGUGUAUCUCUUGUCAGAAUAAUAUGCUCACUGAAAUGAAAACUAUUAGUCAAUCUAAAUUUAAUGUCCGUAAUGCCUUGGACUCUUUGUAUGUAGGUUUUAAGUUUGUUCUAAAUGUGUUAUUUAAUCCCAUUGUAGUUUUUAAAUAAAUUGUUGUGAUAU